AUGACACAAGCUAUAAAACCACAAGAACGCACAAUCCAAUCACCACGUGAUUGGAUCAAAUUGGCCAUUCUGAUAUGUGUUAUAGCUAUCCUAUCGCUAGGUGCACACGAUAUGGCUAUCUCCCAUAUGGGUGUCCCCUAUCCUUUCGAGAACCAUGUUCCACUAUUAGCACAAAUUGUUGGCCAGAUUAUCCGCAUUGGAUCUAUGACUUAUGCCUGUCAUCUCGCGAGUUGGUAUCUUGAUCAGUUCAGUAUGCCGAUUGCAGUUGCAAUAUUUGGACUGCUGAUAGUUAUGCUUCAAGGGACGUUGCGUGAUUUUGUGGUUACUUGUGUUGUUACUGAUGGAAUGCUCAAUGGUAGUUGGCUAUUCACGCUAAUCACAUUGUUGCCCAGAAUGUUGAAUAACUUCUUCAAUGGCGCAAUUGCAGUAACGAUCUCACGUUCGACGCUGUCCCAGCCAUGGGUAGUGGCAGCAGCAGUGGUGGGAGUGGCUACCUUUGGACGUUUGGUUUUUCUACCGAUACUCUUAAAGGCUGCAGACUGGAUUGUUGACGUUUUAAACCUUACAGAGCCACCAGAAGUCUACCUUCCACCCUAUGAUUUUCACGUCUACAUGUACAUCUAUGGAACAUUUAUUGAGCCAACCAUUUCUUCGUUUGGACUUGUGUAUCUAAUCUGGCCAGGACUCAAAGGAUCAUCCAAUCGUCAUGUACUAGCCUUUACAGUGCUUAUUCUGCUGAUCAGGGGACGCGUUGUUGCUCUUGGACUGUUCUCGUUUUGGAUCCAGGAGCCUUGGGUGAUGGCAUUUGCUGCCGAGGGACAAUUUUUUGCUGAGGACCUCAUCAUGGCUGGUUUUACAGGGUUGACUUGGAAAUAUUUGUCCAAACCAGUAGAGAGGGAGGGCGUGUUGAGGAUUUGA